UUAUAAGUACAAUUUAAGUUCUACGAUUUAUUAGUGCUACGGUUUGUUAGGGUUUUACACAAGGUAGUUAUCAGUCAUAGUUAUCAGAAAUGUUAUUAAAUUGUUGAUGUACAUUAGUGGGUGUUUGGUCGAGACUAAAAAAACAAGUCAGUAACAAUGAUCAUGUGACCCCUCAGUAGUCGACAGUAUCUCAGUCCUGCAGUGACCUUCCAGCCCUCACAGCUCCCUCACAUCAUGUGACAUGUGUGUUGUGUGUCUGCAGGUUUCAGGCUGUCUGAUCACAGAGGACCCCUCCCACCUGAGAGAGCUGGACCUGAGCUACAACCAUCCAGGAGACUCAGGAGUGAAGCUGCUUUCUGCUGGACUGAAGGAUCCUCACUGGAGACUGGAGACUCUCAGGGUGGAGCCUGCUGGAGUCCGAUGCUUGAGACCAGGUCUGAGGAAGUAUUCCUGUGAACUCACAAUCGACACAAACACAGUACACAGAGAACUCAAACUGUCUGACAACAACAGGGAGGUGACAUGUGUGGAGAAGGUUCAGUCAUAUCCUGAUCAUCCAGACAGAUUUGACUACUGGCCUCAGCUGCAGUGUAGAACUGGUCUCACUGGUCGCUGUUACUGGGAGGUCGAGUGGAGAGGAGGAGUUUAUGUAUCAGUGAGUUACAGAGGAAUCAAGAGGAAAGGAAACAGUGAUGACUCUUUGUUUGGAUACAAUGAUCAGUCCUGGAGGCUGAGAUGCUCUGAUAAAGGUUACAAUGUCUGUCACAAUAAGACAGUAACACGCAUCACCUCCUCCUCCUCCUUUGGUAGAGUAGCAGUGUAUGUGGACUGUCCUGCUGGCUCUCUGUCCUUCUACAGAGUCUCCUCUGACACACUGAUCCACCUCCACACCUUCAGCACCACAUUCACUAAACCUCUUUAUCCUGGGUUCUUUCCAACCCAGUCUCCAAAAAAGCGUGAAAUGGCUACGUUGGUCCACCGUGAUAAACGUAGUCAUGUUACGUUUUCCCCCAAAAUAACGUUACUAUGUUACGUUUCUUUUGGCCCAUUCAUUUACAUUGCUUUGCAAAUAGGUCACGUGACUAUCAAGUUUCCCGUUAGCGAAAAGAAAAACAUGGCGGACGCGCCAGAGCCACGUAGUACCACGGAGUACACGGCAGUGCGAGACUCUUGA